GCAGGGUGACCCCUCCCCUUUCCCUUAGUACCCGGCUGCCUGCCUAGCAGCUCUCGCCAUUGUCUCGGACGUUCCAUCCUAGAACGUCGCAGCUUCCAACGUUCCAUUCCAAGACCACCCAUCACGCGAGAACCAUGAGGGAGAUUGUACACAUCCAGGCUGGCCAGUGUGGCAACCAGAUCGGAGCCAAGGUGAGGAGCCAGGAUUUCCAUCGUGGGGCACCUUGUAGGGCUGUGUGAACCCUGAAAUAUUAUCACCCCCAAACUGUGAGGAGAUCACUACCUAAUGAUCCGUUAUCUGCCAGAAACCACCCCUUGUCAAUCAUUCCACCUGGCAUUUUAUUCUUUAAAUACCGUUAUCUGUAAGAUACAACCUCCCUGAAAUUGCACAUUUUUAUAUGUAUUAAAACAAAUCUGUAGAUUCUACCCCUCCAUUCAGUAAUUAAACAAAACAUAUUUUCAAAAACAAAUCUUAAUCAUCAGUAUCAGUUAAUCAACGGUAUUUUAAGAAGGAAACCAGCACUAAAAUAUUUUUUUAUAGGAAAUUUAGUGGCAGUGUAAUUCAUUCUUAUUGUAUUUCUAACCCUCAAGUUUCCACACAGUGUGUUCUACUGCAAAACGUGCCAUUUUGACUAGCUCAUCAAUUUGGGGAGGUGGGGUCUUAAAAUCGAAUUAUUUAUCAAAAAAUUAUAUUUUUUUUAAAAAAUAAUGCAUCCUCUACUUAAUUUGCUUUCUAUAUUAUUUUUUGAUGCUAAAUUAUGUAUAUAGCAUAUGCAUACACGGUUUAUUAGUUUGAUUAGAAAAUGUAAAAAAAUAUACAUUGUUAAUACCUUAUUUUUUUUUCUAUUUUCCUGGUUAUUUGACUACUACAGUUUUGAUUGUUUUAAGAAUUUGCUUAAAUAGUGUUUUCUGCCAGAUGUGUAGAUUUAAACUGUAAUGGCGGUAAGGCAUGGAUUCUUUUAGACUGUAAUGGCGUGGGGGAAGACUACUGCUAGAAAAAUUUCCCCUUUGGGAAUGGGCUGUGUCUCUUUCAUAAAUCUGACUUCUUAAUAUAUAUUUAUUAAAACAUUUAAGAUUUCUUAAUAUAUAAUAUAAAUUUACAUUUCUAAUCAUUUUUAUUUAUUUUUUUAUCAGUAGCAAUUUCUACUAAAGCUUUGUUGAAUAACAUUAAAACUUAAAAGUCACAUUUAUGAAAAACUAAAAAGAAAAAUUGAUCCAAAAAUGGAAUGGGCAGUUUAUAGGCAUUUUUAGAGUAAUAUUAAUAUAUAUUUUUACUGCUGACAGAGAGUAGAAGGGGGAAGGGGGCAGGAAACCCCCUUUUUUUUCGAAGAUUUUUAAAAUGGAUUCCAUCCAAUCAAUAAUUUUCCAGUCAAUAGAUGCAAUGUUAUAAUGUUAUUUUUAAUUUAUUGCUAAAAUGCAUCAAAUAAUUAUUGGUGGGGGAGGGUCAUCCAGUAUAUAGAUUUGCAGGAAGUUGCAUAGUAGAUAUUUUUUUUUGCAUAGAGUAUCUUUAAUUGCAAAUUCACUAAAUUAUACCGCAAAACCAUACAAAAUAUUUUUAAAAAAGAGUUUGUAUUUUUAGAAAAAUAAUUUUUGAAAAUCCACCUAGUAAUCUGCGUAUAUUAGAAUUUGGUUAGAAAAGUGUGUAUUUUAGGGUUAAAAUUGUUAUUAUACUUGUUCGCUUUUUUAUCCCCUUUUCUUGUCAAGUAAGCCAAGAAGAGCUUGCUAUGGCGCCAACUCUCUCCCCCUUCAGUCCCCCUCCCUCUUUUUAAAACGUUGCCUUUGUUCUGCUUUCAUGGCAGGAAGCUUCAAAAAUGUAGAGGGAGUCGACUUUUAGAGAAGAAAAAAAAAGGCAAUCCUAAUUUUGCUAAUCCUUUACUGCCCAACAGGAGGUCUGUAAGACUCUAGAGUGAGAAUUUGCCCCUAAAUAUUACUGGAAAUUGCUGGUGACGUAGGCAAUAUCUGCAGUGCAGCAGAGCUGGGCAGUAAUGCUCUUACAGUACGGAUUAGAGAGGGUGCUGUACUGUGUGUGCAUAAACAUUUACAAGAAAAGAUUUGCACACGCAUAGAAAAUGUAUUUAUAUUCUACAUAUUCACACGAAAAUGAUUCUGGUUUGUACACACACACAAAAAAUAUAUAUUUUUUGAAUGCAUGCACAUCUUUAUUUUCGAAAUACAUUUCUAAUUAAAAAAAUGGUUUUAAUUCAAAUGUUUUUGUUUUUUUCACUAGUGGUACAAAGAAAAGAAGUAUCUUUUUCUUUUUUUUAAUAUGGAUUUUAUUUUUACACACUUAGUGUAAAACACAAAAUGAAGUAAAUGUCCAGGAAAUUUUGAUGUUAAAUAUAGAAAUGUAAUGCUGAAUAAAUAUCCAGGACGCUCAUAAAUAUUUACUCAGACAUUUCUUUAGUCCGCCUGUUAGCUACGCCAAGUCUGACUCGAACUGGGACCUGCCCAUUUUGUAACUGUGCUGACAUUAUGGCUGCGAGCUAGCGGAUAUGAGUCUUGAGCUUGCGUAGCUCAGUCUGUCCAUUCCUGGGGAUUUGGUGCAGCUGUACUACCACACCCCGGGGUUUAAAUGUCACACUGUGUAUGUGGAUUGAUCCACAGUACAUGGUAUUUGUGUGUAGAUACAAAUGUAUCUGCAAUGCACCAAUUAAGCAGAACUAAAACAAAACACAUCUAUAGCUUUUAUUUAAAUGUUUUGUAUUAAAUGACGAGGCUGUUGUUCUCAUCUAAGGAAACAUUUUAGGAGUGAGAUCACUGGUCUUCUGGUGAUUUAAUUUGGGGGAAGGUCCUUUGUGUCACAUUCCCCUCUUGCCUCCACACUGCAUUUGAGAGGGUUUAUUGUUCUAUGACUUCCUCUGCUGAUGUGGAGAGGGGGUGGGGGAAUGAAAGUAAAAAGAAUGUAUUACAAAUCCUGGGCCAGAGAAAGAGAAAUAGAACAGACUGCAGGGAGAAAGAAGCCAUGCAAAUCCAGAAUCCUAGUCGAUUACAGGAAGAAAGAAGCAUUGCAUAUCCAGAAUCAAAGAUUACAAGAAUGAACAUCGCCAAUCCAGAAUCAACGAUUACAAGAACGAACAUCGCCGAUCCAGCAUCAAAGAUUACAAGAAUGAACAUUGCCGAUCCAGAAUCAAAGAUUACAAGAAUGACCAUCGCAGCUCCAGAAUCAAAUAUUACAAUCUAGAUUUAUAUCUAGAUUGUAGAUCCAGAAUAAGAGCAUGAAGCAAUAUCAUAGAGAUCUUUUAUAGAAAGCAGAGUGCAUUAGUGAUCCAGAAUCAAAAUGUUCUGAUCCAGAAAAAAAAUGUUCUGUGGGCAUUAGAAUGCACAGCAGAACCAGCGUAUGCGCCAUAGUUGCAGUUUCUGCACAUAUUAUAGUGUGUGUCUAGAAUAAGAAGCAUGGGUGUGGUCUAGUUGUUAAAAUGCACAGAUAUUCCAGAGUAGAAUAUAUAGGGUUGGACUAUCCGUAAUAAAAUGAUCAGCUGGUCAAGUCAGAAGAAGCAGCCUGGAAUGUAUUAAACACGAUUGCGAUGGGUACGAGUCUUGUUUGCCAAUUUAAACACUAAUAGGGGGAGAACAAACUGUGAUCAAAAUCGACUGCAGUUAACGGAACACUCCAAACACCUAAAGUGUCCUUUUGUUUUCCUUUUCAUUUAACAAAAAGUGCAGAUUUCUAUAGAAAUGUACACUUUUAUAAAUUUACCUUGUUACACCCCUUUGCUGUCAAUCAGGCAACAGAUCCUUUUACUUCGUAGUUUGCUUAGCUCAAUGAAUUUUAAACUCACGAGGCAGCAACUGCCCAGAGCACCUGCCUUGCAAAGAUUUCUAAUUGAGCUGCACUGAGAAGUCUGUGAUUGGACAGCUGCAGAAUAUCUGGGUGGGGUUAGAAGGCAAGGGCUUGUAAAGUCUGCAGACAAGAUAUCUGCAGCUUUUGCAAACUGCUUUUAGAUAUAGUCAAUGAACAAAUGCAAGCAACAAAUGCAUGUUUACAUUAAAGGUACAUCUAAUAAAUUGUUUUAAAAAACAUUCCAUUGGCGUAUUCCUUUAAGAGCAGAUUACCAAGCGAGAAGUGCAGUGCACAUCAAAAUCAUUAUAUGACCACGUGCGAGAUACAAUGCAAUGUAGACCCUUAGGAAGAGUUACAGGGAGGUAGAGGCGGUGAUAUAUAUUCUUAGAUAGGAAUGGGUACAAUGUGGAGAUCGAACCUCCGAUCUAGAACACGACAGGCUAUAUGCAGUGGAGUGGGAUGCAGAUAUAAAACUGUUUGCUGAGUGUAAGAUGAGGAUCUAGAGCCUGAUAUAAAUCGGUUUACAGGGAUUGGCAGGUAUGCAGUUCUAGAGUCAAAUGAUACAAAAUACAGAUUAAGGAACUGCGCGCACACAAAAAUACAGUUUUACACCGUACUCUGCUACUUAAAAUCACCUAACCUUGUAAAACAUAAAACUAUUUUUGCGUGUGGAUGUUACUUAAUCUGUAUUUUUGUAUAAUUUUUUGCAGAAGCACCACUGUUGAGAGAUGCAUGUUCCAGAAGUGCCCCCAAUUCCCCAUUUUUUUUCUAGAGUCAAAAUAUAGCCAGGUGCAUUCCAGAUCUAGAGCGAGAUAUAAAGCUCAUUAAAAGUCUCGACCCAGACUCGCAGCCCGUCACAAGGAGUGUCAUGUGAAUGAAUUCUAGAUCAGGAGAGAGAAAAACAGUGAUCAGGAUGCAUUUCACAUUUAUAGACUGAACAGAUCAAAGGGGUCAAAAUGCAUCCUGAUGAGACUCUAGAAAUUUGGGCUAGAACUCUUUGUCCAUGAAACGGGUUUACCAUAAUUUCCUUUGAGGCAGGGUAAGAUUGGCAGAUGUGUCAACUGAGGGAGAAGUGGUUAUAACUUCCUGUUUUCUUAAAUCACAAGAGAAAACCAGAUAACAUGAUGUUACAAUGUGUAUGUAUAAUAUAUGUAUGUGUAUAUAUAUAUAUAUAUAUAUUUUAUAUAUCUUUUAUUGUUUAGGUAAAAGUACAUUGUUUAAAGUUUGUUUUAAUUCUUGCUUUUAGUUUUGGGAAGUGAUCAGUGAUGAACAUGGAAUUGACCCAACAGGGACUUACCAUGGGGACAGUGACCUCCAGUUGGACAGGAUCAGUGUCUACUACAACGAGGCCACAGGUAAUAUAAAGACACCAUUUCCAAGCCUGCUGCGGAAAUGAUCCACUGGGCAAUGGGUUCCUAUAAUUAUGUAGGUCCAGGCAUACUCAAUACAACUCCCAUAACUGUAAGCUUAUGUAUGUAUACAGAGGUAGGAGAUGAAACUUUGGUAAAUUGCUUAGCUGUAUGGAGUCGUAAUCUGUGCUUUCAAGAUCAGCUCAGACUUCAAAGGAUAAUUCCUCUUUAGAGUUUAAUUAGCAUCCUUCUCCUUAAAUGAUUUCUUUACAGUCUGUGUCCUCUUGUCAUUCUCUGAUCUAAGACGCCACGCUGUUCUUAGGACAUGCUACUAUAUCGUACUUGUUUUUCUUAAUGGGAUAGUUUCUCGUUCCCCUGUGAAGAGGAGAAAAAAAAAAUAGAUACUAAUCUUAUUUUAAAAGUUAAAUCUUCUCUCUUUAAUUACACCCUCUGCUGUCCACAGGUGGUAAAUACGUCCCCCGUGCCAUCCUGGUAGAUCUGGAGCCCGGCACAAUGGACUCUGUCCGCUCUGGUCCCUUCGGACAGAUCUUCAGGCCCGACAACUUUGUCUUUGGUAAGGAAAGUCUUAAUGUCUGCAUUUCAGGUUGUGUUCCAAUGUUGUCUUGUGUGGUUUUUUUUACGUGUCCACAUGAACAUUUAACUUCUUCAAAGGACUGCUAAAUGCAUCUCAAAGUGGGUUUAGUGCAGUGGGCCUGUGUCUUGCAAUGUAAAACACUGUCAUUCUCUAGAAAUCACAAUGUUUACAUUGCAAAGUUAAAUGCAUCUCUUGUGACUGUCUCCUUUAAAAAUCUGUCAUGUGAACUAAACCGCUGUCAUUAUAACCAAAUGCAGCUCGUAGAAAAGCAUUGAAUUCAUUGCCUUCCAAUUUGAAGCAUUUGAUUGGAUACAUGUGACACUUGCCGUGCUCAUGCACCUCAUCCCUAAGGAACUACGAGGAGCAUUGGGUUAGACAUAAAUUGUGGAAGCAACUCCUCCAUGAUGAUGUUGUGCGAGGUGAUGCGGGCAGCAGCACCCAGUGAGUUUCAGCGCUGGAAAUUUUUUAAUGCAGAUGGGGGUGGUACUAGGAUAUUAGGACAUUACAGUGUCAGGAAAAUGGUUUUAUUUUUCUAAUACUAUGUGUUCCUUUUAAGAUGCUUUUGAAUAUAAGAUGUUUCACUUUUUUAUUUUACCUUAAUAUUUCUUUUGCCUUUUUUAGGUCAAAGUGGUGCUGGUAACAACUGGGCCAAAGGCCAUUACACCGAGGGAGCAGAGUUGGUAGACUCUGUUCUAGAUGUAGUGAGAAAAGAGGCAGAAAGCUGUGAUUGUCUGCAAGGCUUCCAGCUCACUCACUCCCUAGGUGGUGGUACGGGUUCUGGAAUGGGAACACUUCUCAUCAGCAAGAUCCGUGAGGAGUACCCCGACCGAAUCAUGAACACAUUCAGUGUUGUGCCCUCACCCAAAGUAUCUGACACAGUGGUAGAACCAUACAAUGCCACUCUAUCAGUGCAUCAACUGGUUGAGAAUACAGACGAAACCUACUGCAUUGACAAUGAAGCCCUCUAUGACAUCUGCUUCCGUACCCUUAAGUUGACAACACCUACAUAUGGAGACCUCAAUCACCUGGUCAGCGCCACCAUGAGUGGUGUCACCACCUGCUUACGUUUCCCUGGUCAACUCAAUGCUGAUCUCCGCAAGCUUGCAGUCAAUAUGGUCCCCUUCCCACGUCUUCACUUCUUCAUGCCCGGAUUUGCUCCUCUGACCAGCCGAGGCAGCCAACAAUACCGUGCACUGACUGUGCCAGAGCUCACCCAGCAAGUGUUUGAUGCUAAGAAUAUGAUGGCCGCAUGUGAUCCACGCCAUGGCCGUUACCUGACAGUAGCAGCUGUAUUCCGAGGACGUAUGUCCAUGAAGGAGGUGGAUGAGCAGAUGCUGAAUGUGCAGAACAAAAACAGCAGCUACUUCGUAGAAUGGAUCCCCAACAAUGUCAAGACAGCUGUGUGCGACAUCCCACCAAGAGGCCUUAAGAUGGCGGUUACAUUCAUUGGCAACAGCACUGCCAUCCAGGAGCUGUUCAAGCGUAUCUCAGAGCAGUUCACAGCUAUGUUCCGCCGCAAGGCUUUCCUGCAUUGGUACACAGGAGAAGGCAUGGACGAGAUGGAAUUUACUGAAGCAGAGAGCAACAUGAAUGAUCUUGUCUCCGAGUACCAGCAGUAUCAAGAUGCUACAGCUGAGGAAGAGGAAGAUUUCAAUGAGGAGGCUGAAGAGGAGGCUUAGAUUAUCUCCAAUACCAACAUCUCUCUUCUUCUCCAUCUUUCCUCCUUCAUUCUCAGGCUGAGAAAAGUCCGAAACGAAGAUUAGCAUUUUUUUUACUCCAUCUUUUUUCCAUUUCUUCCUGUUUUUGCUCUUCUGUUUCUAUUUCUCUUCUUUAUCAUUCAUGCUCCAGAAAUAUUGUGUUAGUCAAUGGGGGUAGGCCCUGACUCUAGUGGGCUAUGAUUCUGGCUUAGAGGGACACUCCAGACUCGUAAAGCACUUUUGCUUGCAGAAGUGCUUUCUGUGCGAAGAGUGUGUCUUCUUUUUUUCAUUUUACAAAAAGUGCAGAUUUCAAUAGAAACUGGCACUUUUAUAUCUUAAUCUUGCUACACAUCCUGGCUGUCAAUUUGAACAGUGGAGUGUCCCUUUAAUGGUUGAAGGUAGGUCUUUGGCCUUAACAUGCAGCAAGUAAGCCUCAUUUGGCUUCUGUACUUAGAUAAGGAUUCGCCAAACAUUGUGGGUGUUUUUUUCCAUCAUUGCCUAUUUUUCCCACAAUGUUCUCACCUCUUCUGUGACUGAGUGCUGGUCUCUACAGUCGCGAAUGGGUCAAAUUCCAAUUCUCGAGUAAAGCCCUCAGAUUGUAGGAGAGUCUGGUAGCCUCCUGUCGUGUUCUGUGCUAUUCUAGGCCUUAUUAAAGUGUUUGGUGGUAAUGUCUGUGUUUCCUAUCCAUUUCCUUAAGUUAUUACUGUGGAUCCCCUCUGUGGUGGAUUCUACUAAUCUUCUACCUGUCACUGCCUCUCCACUAGCCCUGAGCUAGAUUAGAUACAAUGGCUCUAUUUUUGCACCAUCCUUGGUUGGCUUUAAGAUAUUGGGCCUCAUUGACAAACAUUUGUCAUGCUUUGAGCAACUUUAGCUCUUCAUUUCCAAACAGACGAGAUUGCUGAUCAAAAACAGGAUGCACGAUUGUUCCAACAGCUGAAAGAAGGGAGUACACCUAUGAUUUAAAGCUAUGAGGGCAAACCUAUGAUGUCUGUGAACUACACAUCCCUUGAUAGUCCAUCAACCUAAAGUGUGACUAAGCAUCAUGGGAAAUGGUCAGAAUCAUCUACGCUGUUGGAAAUAGAUUGAUAUAAAUAAAUAUGGAUACAUUCUUAUUUUAAAGGGGGUUGUGGGGAAGAAGACUUUCACAAAAUGGAACGUGGAUGUUUCAUGUUUUUUUGUUUCUUUCUCUCUCUCUAUAAUUUCUUUUCAUUCUUUCUUCUCCUGCUGUACCCAUACCAGAAUUAUUUUUUAUUUUUACUGUUGCUUUUUCAUAUUGAAAAGAUGACGAGCCUGUGACGAAAAAAAAAAAAAUAAAACUUUUUUUUUUAAAUUUUG